CUCCGCUUUCUAUUCCACCGCCAUCGUCGUCGUCCGUAACACCCCUGUCCCAGCGGCGACGAGCACACUCUGUACUCAAAACCCAGGUGACAUUUUUGACUACCAUGAGUGCAGUCAGAAGAAACGACCGUCGUACUUCCCGACUCAAACAUGCCUCGCCUUACGCACGGCCUCCCAAAGCUAACAGCGAAGACAAGGAGAAGAAAUCGUUCUGGGGCUUGGGCGGUCUGCUUGGUUUCCUGAAUCCAUUUGGAAAGUCCACAGAUCGAGUCGAAUCAAGGCCCCCUCCUCCUCCCUCCGACGACGACGAAGUGGAGAUCUCUAUUCCUGAAAUGCAUCCCGCUUUUCAAGUGCAACUCGACCCAGGGGCUGAUCCAGAGUGGAAUCUACCGCCCAUACUCCAACAGGCUUCCGCAGAAAUGAUCCAGCAGCAGCAGCUGGAACAGCAACAACCGGUGCACCCGUUGCUGCCACCACCACCACCAGCAGUCCAACUGCCCACCGAAACCACACAGCCGACAAGCCCCCAGCAUACCCCUCAAACACCACCACGAAACUCGCUACCAUUUCCUCUUACCCCAUCACCAUCUCUCUCUCGUUCAUAUAGUGGCACAAUGGCUAAAAACCUCGAGCCGGUCACACGGUUUUUGGUCGAGAAAGCCGGCCAGCCUCUCAAUGAGUUCGAGGCGGCGGGCAUAGUGGACUACAUUCAAAGAAACGUGCAAGGAGCGGACAAACCGGAACCUUUUCGAUUCUCCACUCCUCCUUCGCCUAGCUCUUCACCGAACCUAAACUUGGGCAGUUCUAACACGUCCUCCUCCACUUCAUCUCCCCGUAAAACUUUGACCAAGAACCCUAAUGGCGUUUACAGAUGGCAAGGUGCAGGGAGCUCUCGUCCUCGCAAUCGUUACCAGUCCCCGGGCUUCGGUCCUCGACCGCAGCAGUCACGGAUCAAGCUCUCUCCUCCUAAGACACCGGCAACCACUGACACGAAGAGGCGGCGUGUGGGUGAUGAGGCUGAGUCCUCUGUGCCUCAAUGGGCAGCCGUGCCCUCGACCUCUGCAUCGACGUCGACCGUCACCUUCCCCUCCGAAAGCUCUGAGCCAGCAAGCCAACCUUCGCAAUCUUCCUCCAGCACGUCAAUGACCAGUCCGAACGGGAAAACACCCGCUACCCUGGCACCGCUCCCACCUGUAACGCCAAAAGCGAAUGGCGUCCAGGGUCCUCGUCUUCGCACGACUGGCAUAUCAACCACACCUGCCAUUCCAUCACCAUUGCGUCAAACAUGGAAAGGCAAUGACUCACCGCCACAACUUCCUCAACCUUCCCGCCCAACCAAAGCAGCCGGUUACAUGACAGAACUCCUCAAGGAAAUAGCUCCUGUAAAGAAGCCGGACGUGUCUAAUCCAUAUCAAACGGCCAGUCCUGUCAAGCCUCCGCCAAGGAAACCCGCACCCAAACGGCCGCGACCAGCUGCUAAAAGGGCUGAGAAGCCAAAAGAGAAGGAACUUGAAUUAACAGCCCGAGAGAUCAUUGAGGCAACAGUCCCAAAGGGAAGUAAACGGUCAAGACCUCCCCUUGAACUGGAGGAUUCACCGCGUGUCGAGGAGGUAUCAGAUGAAGAAAUUCCCACACCAGCGAUUAGCGGCACCUCGAGCCAGUUAUCUCGCUUCCCGAGCUCCUCCAAGUCUGCUGGGGAGGUCGAUGAGAUCGUGCAUUUGGACGAAGAAAGUCCCUCGAAGAAGCGUAAAACCACCAAAUCACCACAGCCGUCCCAGGCACCUGCGGCGGAAGUCAUCGACAUCGAUGCCUCAGAGUUAGCUCCGUCAUCGGCACUCGUUCGCCCAUCAGAGAUAAUUGAACCAGAUGAGCUGCCUAAAGUGAACGGGAAGCCAAACUCACCAGCCACGACCUCGACUUUGCCUACUGCAAAUGCAAGGUCCCUGUUUGGCAUCAAGUCUUCUGCUCCGAAGGAACCGUCAAAACUUCGGUACAGCUAUCAGGUGGACAAAGUACAGGUCGUCGCUUCUCAAACUACGUCUACCUCACCGCCCGCGCCAUCUCUGUUCACUCCGCUGACUGCACCCCUACUGCCUGUGUCAUCCUUGUUCGCGUCGCCGCCAACCGCACCUUCACCCACAACAACACAGCCCGUUGCUUGCCCUCCGAAGGCACAGCUCUCGCCGAAGGAUGAGGCUCUAGCUAUGAACGUUGACGACCUUCCGAAAUACUCAUUCACGGUGAAAGAGACGGUUUAUCCAGCUGGACCCAGUUCCGAGAAUGCGCGCAAGGUUGCCUCGGAGGCACCUGUAUCAUCUCUGCCCACAUUUGACAUCAGGACUGUGCCUGCGAAGAUCAUAAACGGAUUCAAUUGGACCGCUGCUGGUCUGAAGGCUCCAACCCCUUCCAUCGGAUCACAAUGGAUAUGUGAUCUCUGUCAACUGAAAAAUCCGGACAGUGCGAAGGAGAAGUGCACGGUCUGCGAUGCUCCACGUCCAGGUGUUGCCCAAUCCAAGCCUGUUUCCACCUGUGUAAUGCCACCUGCACCUCCCGCACCUCCAGUCAAGGGGUUUGACUGGUCUGCGGCAGGACUAGCGCCACCAUCUAAAGCUAGUGGCGGCUCAUGGAUAUGCUCUGUUUGUGAUCUGUCGAACCCGGCCACUGCCACAGAUAAAUGUACAGUCUGUGAUGCUCCUCGUUGAAGUUAUUUUGCUCCUCCGGUUUAUUAUAGUUGUUUCUUGUCUUUUUAGUCUCUGCACAAUCACCCUUUGAGCUACGCAGGGAUUUAGUUGAUACAUAACAUGCAUGGUAUUUCAUACAGA